UCCCUUACUCAACAUGGAGGAAAGGGAGAAUUUCCUUUGAAUUUGUAAAUUUUAUCUUGAAUAACUACUUUCUGCGUGAAGAUAAGAGGGAUUUGGACAGAUCGAGGAUGUCACUAGAAGGAAGUGGAGAAAGUGAAUUUAGCAUUAUGCGGUGGACGGCGCUUGGAAAGGAGGUGUUGGACAUGACGGCGCAGCAAGACAAGACGGCCAGCAGCAGCAAUGAUGAAAUGGAUGACAGGAGGGCCGACUCUCACACUGACCAGGGGAUCAUGUACGAGAACGGUGAGGUGAGCAUGACUGACAGUUCUGGGUUCAGGACCACAGACACAAGUGAGAAGGCGCGUGACGUUAAAGGCGAUGUUAAGGAUGAAGCGAAGAUGUCGGAGGUGGCACUGGACAAUGGCAGCGAGCUGAGUCUGGAUGCUGAGAUCAAACUGUUGUAUGGUAGUGAUGAGGAGAAGAAACCUGCUGCAGUGAGGGCAUCCAGCGUCCGGAGCAGUCUCAAGGAAGACAGUGUUGACAGUGUUAACGAGACCGAGGCGUCAGGGUAUGGCGAGACCAGUGGAACAGACUCCAGCUCUAACUUUCCUGACAGUGACUUUUCCGAUAUGUCACGGAAAAGGAAAAGAGGUCAUAAGUCAAGCAGCAGACUUGACAGCCUUGUGAAGAAAAUAAUGAAAAGGUCGACUGAUCUACCUAAGGAUAAGCCAACUGAUAAAUCCCUCACUACCACCUCAAAUGAAGGCACUCCUGAUGUUGCUAGUGAGAAUUCUCAGAGUGAUGCACCAGCAGUUGAUGAAGAUGCUCAAAGAUUGUUCCAAAUCAGAGCUUUCGCUGAAGGUCAAAUGUCCUGCGAGGAGUCCUCGUUACCUGAGAGUGAGGAGAGCGAGGAAUAUGAAGAGUAUUUUGUAUCUCACCUGCACGCCAUGGAAGAUGAGGUGUCUUCAGAAUCGGAAGAAAAUAAGAAAACCGAGAAGGAUGAAGAUUACAUCCCAACGGAAGGCACCGAUGAUGCAGAGGCGGAGGAGGAAGAAGAGGUGAAAUCUGACGAUGGUUCCAACUACAGUGAUGACGAGUUUACUAAAUUGGCCAAGAAGAAAAAGAAGUCAAAAGCGAAGCCGUUUGUGUGUGGAGUCUGUAACAAGGAUUUCAUCAGCGCUAAAAUGUUAGAGGGGCAUAUGAAGUGUCACCUUGAUCCCAAGUCCCUCACUUGUAAUGUCUGUGGCAAGCUGUUUGACUUCCCAUACAAGCUGAAGAACCAUGCCAAAGUACAUAAUAAGUCAUUCGAGUGUGAUAUCUGUGGUCGAACAUUUAGUGAUAGGGGAGGGUUCACUAGGCACAGGAACACACAUUCAACAGAGAAAUACACCCAUGAGCAGAGUUCAAAGGAGGCACAGUCAAAGAGUGAUGCUUCACCAAAACCGAGCGCCCAAUCUGCUUCAGCCGAGAAGAUGAAGUGUCACACAUGUGGCAAAGAGUUUGAGUCCAAGAGUGAGCUGUCGUCUCACCUCAGCACCCACGCAGGCGUUUCAGGAGAAGAUGCUGCAGCUGCUUCUAGUGAGAAGAUGAAGUGUCACACUUGUGGGAAGGAGUUCACCUCCAAGGACAGCCUCAGUCGGCACUUGAAGACCCAUACAGGGAUUGUGUAUGAGUGUGACAUGUGUGAUAAGACCUUCACGCAAGAUGAAGAGUACACAGCCCAUCUGAAAGCCCAUGAUGAGGAGGACGACAAACAUGAUGAUGAACUGUACAAGUGUAUGACCUGCGGGGACAUGUUCCAGUCUCAGAAGGAUCUGGACCAGCAUCAGAAGAAGCACACGAAGAGCACGUUCAUGUGCAACUCCUGUGGGUGGACCUUCACGGACGAGCGUCCUUACCAGGCUCAUCUAAAGUCUCACAAGGCCGACGAAGGAGUCACCUGGAAGUGUAAUAAAUGCAAGCUAGAGUUUGCUCAUAAGAAUGAUCUUCGGGAACAUCUCAAGAAGCACAUCAAGCGUACUUAUAGAUGCGAACAGUGUGGUAGAAUCUUCACCGAGGAGAUUCUGUACAUCGCCCACCUGCGCAAUCACAAAGCUCAUGAAGAUAUAAGAUGGAAGUGUAACAAGUGUAAGCUGGAGUUCAACAAGAAGGAAGAGCUCAAGGAACACCUAAAGAUCCAUAUUAAACACACCUACAUGUGCGACACGUGCGGGGAGACGUUUGCAUAUGAAAGCGACUACGCCGCCCAUCUCAAGAAGCAUUAUUCGGAUGAAUUACUGAAAUGCAACUUCUGUGAACUGAAAUUUGUGUCUCGCAUUGACCUGACUGAUCACUUGAAGAGUCAUGUGAUGGAGCUUCAGAUCUGCGUCACGUGUGGAGAGACCUUCACGGACCAGGCCAAGUACCUGAAACACAUCAAGUUCCACAAAGCCAUGCUGCGGUGCAGGAAGUGCGGAAUCGUGUUUCCCAGUCGGGGGGAACUUGAGCUCCACAUGAAGACCCACGUGCAACACAUCUACGUGUGCGAGACCUGCAGCGAUACCUUCACCAACGACAAGGAGUACACGGAGCAUCUCAAGACCCACGAUGCUCCGCAGGAAGAGGAUGAUGCAGAUGAUCUGCCUGUUAUUGUCAUUUCAUAACUGGCUUCCUUCCGUGCUUGUUGUAGAUGUUAGAUAUCGUGGACAUUCAUUGACAGAAUUUGAAAUAUAUUUUUCUUAUGUACCCUGCCCCAGUCAAAGUCCCUUAUGAAUUUUGAUUUUUCUUUUAAUUUUGAUUAAUUUUGUUUUGUUUUGUUUUUAGUUCACAUUCAUGUUAGUCAUAGUUUGAUGGUUAACUUUUCUGACAAAGUGUUGAUUUCUGGUGACAAAUUCACACAUAUGAUUUUAAACAGAUCCCUCUCCAGUAAAGGGAGUGAAGUUAAUAUGGGUAGUGUCAUGGUUGUAUGUUCUUAUGUCUACAGACUGAAGUUUGCAGGGCACAGGUGUCACUGCAAUCUGUAAAUGAAGAGUUGUGUUCCUUGGCUGUGCCAGGAUCUGCUGGCAUUAAAACCAACUCUGUAACUUUAGCAUCUAUGUGCAACUUUCAAGUUCCUAAUGUCAAGAUUCCUUUUGUAUAAUAUGUUAGUACACUUGACUGAAGGAUUCAGUAUAGAAACGUGUUAAGUUGAUGUGACCGAACAAAACUAUCUCGCUGUCUGGGAAGUGACAGAAUCUCAUGUCUGCAUCAGAAGAUUUAAUUCUACCAUGUUGGACAUCACAAUGGGAGUCAGAAACUCUGUAGGUCAGUCCUGUGUUAUUCCACAGAUACCCAGAAAAAUCCCUGAUCUCAAAGAUAUUCGGCUUGACAACUACAAAAUCAUCCCAGUUUUCAUGCCAUUAUUUUGUAAUUUUCCACUAAUGUCUGUCCAUAGAUAGGAACAGUUUGCUUCAGAGUUUGUGACUGUUUUCAAUCUAGGCUCAUACUUUGUUCCUAGUGGCCUGUAAAGAUAUUUGUCUCUCUUUACUAAUCAUUACCAAUGAGAUUGGUGUGUAUCAUGGAAUAUGAAUUAGCUGACAAAGUGGUGUUGCUGGGACUGCCCAUGCCUUAUUUUGCCCCUUUAAACUUUCUUGAAGUGAACAGUGUGAAGAGACUGUCCUUUCCUAUUUUCCAUUUGCCGAUUGAUCAUUUUAAUUUUAGGGGGCACAGGUGGCCCAUUCGUCUAAGGCGCCGCGAUUCGCUGUGCAGAGUUGCGUCCCUUAGGCAUGCCAGAAACCUAUGAUUGUGGGUUCAAAUCCCGGUU